AUCAAAAGGCAAAAUGGAGACUUGGCUUCGAAUUUUUAUCCUCUUGGCUUGCCUAUAUCCAGCUUUCGGCAUUACUCGCCAUUACAAGUUCAAUGUGGUAACGAGGAACAUGAGUCGCCUAUGUUCGAGCAAGCCCAUUGUCACUGUUAAUGGAAAGUUCCCAGGACCCACAAUCUAUGCUAGAGAAGAUGAUAGAGUGCUUAUCAAAGUUGUUAACCAUGUCAAAUAUAAUGUCUCUAUCCAUUGGCAUGGUAUCAGACAACUUAGAAGUGGUUGGGCAGAUGGUCCAGCAUACAUCACACAGUGUCCGAUUCAACCAGGCCAAAGCUACAUGUACAAUUUCACAAUUACAGGCCAAAGGGGUACACUCUUUUGGCAUGCUCAUAUUUUGUGGCUAAGGGCUACUGUCCAUGGUGCUAUUGUCGUCCUGCCUAAACGUGGUGUGCCAUAUCCAUUUCCCAAACCCAACCAUGAAGCUGUGGUUGUUUUAGGUGAAUGGUGGAAAUCUGACACUGAAGCUGUGAUCAACGAAGCUUUAAGUUCAGGAUUAGCCCCUAAUGUCUCCGACGCUCACACAAUCAAUGGUCAUCCAGGACCUGUUUCCAAUUGUCCGACCCAAGGUGGAUACACAUUAAGUGUAGCUCCUGGAAAAACAUACAUGUUACGAGUGAUCAACGCUGCACUUAAUGAAGAACUCUUCUUUAAAAUUGCUGACCACAAACUGACAGUAGUUGAAGUCGACGCCACUUACGUUAAACCCUUCAAAACAGACACAAUUGUGGUAGCCCCAGGCCAAACCACAAAUGUUAUAGUCAAAGCUGAUAAAAGUUUCGGAAAAUACAUGGUUGCUGUUUCUCCCUUCAUGGACUCCCCAAUUGCGGUCGACAACGUGACAGCCACUGCCACAUUGCACUAUACGGGGGCACUAGGAAGUGCCCCCACGACCCUCACUAGGGCCCCACCCAAAAAUGCCACUUCAAUCGCUAACAAUUUUCUCGAUUCUCUCAGAAGCCUCAAUUCGAAAAAAUACCCUGCUAAAGUUCCAAAAAAAGUAGAUCAUUCGUUGUUUUUCACGGUCGGACUCGGAGUCAAUCCGUGUCCGUCCUGUAAACCGGCUAAUGGAAGCCGAGUUGUCGCUAGUAUAAAUAAUGUUACAUUUGUUAUGCCAACUACCGCACUUUUACAAGCGCAUUUCUUUGGCAUAAAAGGCGUUUUCACAACGGAUUUUCCAGCGAAUCCGCCGUUCGUUUUCAACUAUACGGCUGCAGUACCACCCGCAAACUUGGCUACGACAAACGGUACCAGAGUUUAUCGGUUGCCUUAUAAUGCAACAGUUCAAUUAGUUAUGCAGGAUACUGGAAUUAUAGCCCCUGAGAACCAUCCAAUCCAUUUGCAUGGCUUCAAUUUCUUCGUAGUUGGUAAAGGAGUAGGGAAUUUCAAUUCCAAAACGGACCCUAAGAAUUUUAAUCUUGUUGAUCCUGUUGAAAGGAAUACAAUUGGUGUGCCUUCUGGAGGAUGGGUCGCCAUAAGAUUCCGUGCAGACAAUCCAGGAGUUUGGUUUAUGCAUUGCCAUCUAGAGAUACACACAACAUGGGGAUUGAAAAUGGCUUUCCUUGUAGACAAUGGAAAGGGUCCUAAUGAGUCACUUUUGCCACCUCCAAAGGAUCUACCAAAAUGCUAAAAUAAUGGUGAAAGUCAGUUAGAGUGCAACAAAAGCUGCACCAUCCAAUUUGCGAAAGAAGAAUAGAGAGUCAAUAAGCAAUGUAUUCAUUUUGUUGAGUGAAAAGUAGUGGGGAAACUUUGCUCAAGCAAACUUCAAUAAUUAUAUUUGUGUUGUAUACAAUUUUUGUUGUCGUUGUUCACAGACGUUUGAGAAAUGGAUUGUUUCUUUUAUCUUUUA